AUGAAAUCUCCACACCUGCCCUUUCUGGGCGCAUUCUCCAAGCUUCCAACGGAAAUUCGCUUGGUCAUCUGGGCCGACCUUUUCUCUGAAAUUCACACGCAAUCUGCCAUCCAUAGCAAGCCAAAAACCAACCCCCUAUCGAUCCUCCCCGUCAGUGGAUACCUUUACAGCGAGAUCUCAGUACACCUCUACUCUCAUAUGAAACAAAUCAUUUCAGUGAACGGGGAGUAUGACAGAGGAAGCUGGAUGUCCAUAAAACUGAAGUCCCGGGUGGUCGACGUGACCUGGAACUUGAAGGACAAGGCAGGUGCUGAAAGAUACUUCCAAAGCUUUCCUUAUCAAAAGGCCGGUCUCAAAAUCAAAAUCAAAAGUCCAGAUACAACUGACCCAGGCCAAGUCGUGUUGAUCUGGCAGAAAGUGAAUCAUCUGCUUGAUAAUCUGAUGACUUUGCCGUGCCAAUUUCAAGAUCCAGAGGUUGUUUUUGCAGGACAGAACUGGCAUUCCAUACUGCCACCUCCGCACUGGCGACUUCGAAAACGUUGUUUUUUGGAGAUGGGAGGUUUACGGCAGUCGAUUCCAUGUGAACGGAGAUUCUAUUGCCCUGACUAUGAUAUUGUAAUGAUGCCUUUUGCUCGAGCAUUUCUCAAAGAUGUCCCAGAAGAUCCAUCGAAGAUGACCGACGAAGAGUUCGAUCGUCUGCAUCAGCACAUCUUAGCUAAGUUCUCAGACAGUGGAGCCAAAAUGAGGUUGUCAUGGCUUUUCCCACUCACCAAAGAGACCAUCGUCCCGCAGAUUGAACAGUGGCUCCUAGAAACAGAGAUCUUCAUGGAGGAAAGCCUGGACUCUCUAACCGGCAGAACGGCAUGCUUCCUUCGAUUAGACCGCUUCCAAAACUGGUACAACGACGGCAACAGCUGGGAAUCGCCUUACGAGAAACGAUUCCUCGAAAAGCUAGACAGAGACCACAAAACCAUCCUCGAAUGGGACCCUGGCUUCACAAAUACUAUUCGGAGAUGGCAGGCCAUGAUUCUCAACCAUCACUACAUAUGUAUAAUGGUGAGCCCACAGCAGAAAGGUCUGUUUCUUGGGUGGCGUAUAUUCCAGCUGAUGGAUACAAAUUGGGACUCGGCAGCGUGGCCUGAACUCUGGCCGACGGGGAUACCAAGCAUCACAAGACACUCUUACGUACUUAAUACCUUUGACUCCCAGGUAGUGGCUGCUCACUGCAGCCGGCUUUCGAAAGCCAUGAAAGAAAAUGGAGAGCAGAAUCAUGCGGCUUUCGGCUUGAAACUGCUGUUGCGGGCUCCUGGGACAUCCCAGGAAUUCCGAGAUGUUGGCGAGGACCAAGUAUGCUGGCAUUGUUUAAAAUCUCGGCCAUGUGAUCAUGAUAUGGGGUUGAAGGUAUUGGCUGGGUGA